AUGAAGAGACGAAGAGCGGCGAGGAAAUCAUCGGCGAUGGUGGCGGUUAGCGAUUCAAAAGGAUUAGAUUCGAGAAUGGGACGGAGGUUGAUGAAGUUCGAUGAGUUGCCUGGUUAUUUGCAGGAUAACGAGUUCAUACACGACCAUUAUCGAUGCCAAUGGUCUCUCAGAGAUACCUUCCUUAGUGCCUUCUCUUGGCAUAACGAGACUCUCAACAUCUGGACGCACUUGAUUGGGUUUGUAAUAUUCAUGUGGAUGAUGGUGGUAAGCUCUUUAGAGACGACGGAGCUUAGUCUCGCCGGACUCUUCAACGGCAUAUCCGGAGCGUGGAUUCGCCUCUCCAGCAAUCAGACUCUGCUUCGUCAUGAUUCCAACGUGACAGAACACAUCCCACUUCUUACGUCUCAAGAAGUAAACCACCAAAACUACCACGAAGCUGUUCCGAAAUGGCCAUGGCUCGUGUACUUAGCCGGAGCAAUGGGUUGCUUAAUCUGUAGCUCUGUUUCACACCUCCUCGCUUGCCACUCAAAACGUUACAACCUCUUCUUCUGGCGUUUAGACUACGCAGGAAUCUCACUCAUGAUCGUCUCCUCCUUCUUCGCCCCUAUCUACUACGCAUUCUCCUGCCACCCUAACUUCCGUUUCCUCUACCUCUCCUCAAUCUCGAUCCUAGGUCUCCUCGCCAUCAUCACUCUCCUCGCUCCAGCUCUCUCAGCGCCGCGCUUCAGACCGUUCAGGGCAUAUCUUUUCCUUGCAAUGGGAUUCUGUAGUGUGGUACCGGCUUCACAUGUGCUUUGCCUUUACUGGGGCCACCCUAACGUGUUAUUCGCUCUUGCUUGCGAGCUUGCCACUGGUCUGUCUUAUGCCGUGGGAGCAGUGUUUUAUGUUAGCCGUGUGCCUGAGAGAUGGAAGCCUGGAGCGUUUGACAUUGCCGGGCACAGCCAUCAGAUAUUCCAUGUGUUUGUUGUUUUGGGAGCUCUCGUUCAUUGUGUUGCCACUCUUGUCAUUGUGGAUUUUCGACGAGCGUCUCCUUGUGGGUUUUAGUAAGAAGAUGUCACGUGUCAUCUUCCAAUUCAAUGUAUGAUUUAAAGUUAGCUGAUUCUGGAUUGUGAUAUUUGAAACUGAAACAUCCGCAAUUGCGUUUGCAGUAGAUAAAUGCUUCCCAUGUAUGAGCAGAUUGUGUAACAUAGGGAUCUUAUCAUUGGAUUCCUCUGUAGAUCAAACAUCUUCUUCAACAAUAA